UUAAGUCCAUAACAAACCAGUCACGCAAAUAAAGAGGACAGACACGACUCUCCCGCGGGCAAACCACCGAAACCGUUCACCACAGGUGUUUAUAUCCUCUGGACCUGGGUUAAUUCACCUUUUAUUCCUCGUGGCAGAUAAAACUGGGCGAAAUUUUGAAAAGUCGCUUCUACACCGAUGGGAUUUGGCAAUGGCUUCUACGUCAGCAUCAACAGAAGAACUAGUCAUGGCAUCUGAGUCAGAGCUCCCGCGCGUUGCAUGCAUCGAGGCCUGGAAGUCGAAGGCGGGGCCGGUGCGGAGGAACCUCUUCGGCUCCGUUAACCACCAGCAGCUCCAGCGUGACUUCCAGCGGCUGCUCUGCAUGGGCGUGGAGGAGGCCAACAAGCGCUGGAACUUUGACUUCCAGAGCGACAGGCCCGGAAACGGCUCCAGCAUCGAGUGGACGGAGCUCAGGCGCCAAGACGUCCCGGCGUUUUACCACAGCUGCACGGUGCGGCCGGUGGAGCAGGCCACACCCGAGGUGACGCAGGGCUUGAGGCGGCCGUCACCUUCGUCGGCCGAGGGUUCUCCCAUGUCCAGCAGCUCAUCGGGGUCUGGAGAUGAGUACCUGGAAGUGACCGCGAGGGGUUGCUUUCGGCUUAAGCGUUCGAGGAGACGCGGUCAGCCUGCCAUCACAGAUUUCUUCAAGGUGAAGAAGAGGCGGCUUCUGCAUUACAAAGCAUCUUCUCGGCAGUAGAGAAGCACAACAGCACCAAGUGGAAGAUCACUGAGUGGUCAACAUCCCACUACCUACACAUCACCUCGAAAAAAUUAUUUGUAUAUAUGUAGCAAUUUGUAUGAGACUGUCCACAAGCUCACACAAGCUUGGGCUUCAAGCCUUUUACACACCUUUAAUUUUCAGCACAAGGAAGCUACGUUUUUACCCGGUUAAUCAACCUAAUAUUUUAGAGACUAUUGUUGUGAAUAAGUAUUAUAUAUACUGUAUAUUCUGUAUUCUGUUUUCUUCAGCUUUUGACCAUACUGUGAAAUAAUUUUGAAUGCGCUCAUUCAGAAUCCUACAACCUUAAAGGGGCUCACGUUCCAAGAGGUUAACUGUCUUUAACCUCGGUCUUUGACCCCGUUUUUCUCUCCUUUGCUCUAAGUCGUUAGAGGUUUUAACCCGAGCAGUUCCUAGACCUGGUGUGCGCACCACACAUACAUUUUAGUUUCUAUCCAAGGCACUACAAGCCUGAGUUGAACCCAGGGUCAAAACCUCACUUGGAGUUCAGAAUGCGGCAGCGCGAUUGCAAUUACCUCCAAGUCGAAGGUUAGAAAAGAAGAAGUUGACUCUGGAGGUAAUCUGGUGGUAAAACAGAGACUUAAAAUUUGAGUAAUAAUAAUAAUUUUUCUUAUUUAUUUAAUUUUAAAUGUGCUGGAUCCUCAUCUAAAAAGAAAAAAAAAUUGUAAAAUUAAAGACACCGCCCCUAAAUAAUGCAUUAGACUAUGAGUCAUGGUCCAUGUACAAAGUUUCCAGUUAAAAGUGCCAGCCAUACAGAGGAAACGCCAUCACAAAAAAACAAAAUAAUGCCUUAACUACAAUAUAUUCUGUUUUUAUUUUGUAUUUGUUGCAUAAUGGGGUUGUAAAAAUCUUUCUAGCAACAGAGUGAAACACACCAUGAGUGGUGGUUUCAGUCGGCUUCAUGCUUUUGAUAAUGUAGCGUUCUCUACUUGUCUUCAUGUGAUGUUCGGCUUAUCUGUUUUAAAUACGCCUCUUUUUAUUUUCCAUGAAGGGAACGUUGUGUUUAAUCACUGUGUUGCAGCUCAAAGGAAUCCAAUCUUUUUUUUGUUUGUUUUAAUUAAGUUUCUUCAUGAAGAUGGCAGCCGUGUCACGCCCUGUCCCUCUACAGUUUGCUUAACCGUUUUCAUUGUGCGUACUUGUGUGCUUUGGGGUUUUUCAUCAGUUUAAGGCUGGGGCAGCUGAAGCAGUUUAAUCAAACAACUAUUGUCAUUCAUUUGGAAAAAAACAAACAAAAAAUAGGUUGCUCACUUUUGGAGCAAUCAGCUAAAAGUAGAUCUUCAAGCACUUUAAAGACACUCUAUGUAGUAAUACCACUUCUGACCACAUGGGAGAACUUUAGCCAAGCUUUGGUCAGGUUGAAGUGGCGUCGUUACACUGAGUGCCUUUAAAAAUGUCAAAAUCCUGUUUUCCUCCUUUUUGAGAUUUGUCACUGCACAGUUGUCAUAUUUUCUACUACAAUAUAUAAAUAUGGCUUUAUAUGUAUGUAUAUAAAAAAAAUAUAAAUCUGGAUUCAUCCGCUUAUCCUACCUCAUCGAACAAAUAAAAAAAAAGUAAAAUAGUAAAGAAAAAAAGAGGAGAGGAAGCUUUUGUUGCCUCUCCAGCUCAUUUUCUCACUUUACUGUCAAACUUCCCCAGAAAAGGUAGAGCAGACAGUUGGGAAAAACAAAACUUUAAAUACAGAAACUAUUUUUUUAUCUCUCUAUAAACCAGCUGUCUUUGUCUCUGCAAAAAAAAUGGCCAUGAAAUCAGAUAAAUCUGAAGUCGUGACCAUAUUUAAAUCACAGAUUUAAACAGCAGAUGUGGCAGUUAAUAAUAUUUCACUCUUACAAGUUUAAUUUUGUCAACUUGCUUUUUUGUGUUUGUGUGUGCUUUCAAACUUUCAAAAUAGUCUAUAUUAACUUAUUGUCAGGUUUUGUUUGCUGUUUUUGUCAGGAAUUCAUGAUAAAAUCGCUAUUUUUGUUAUAAAUAACUAAUGGUGUUAUUUCUGAAUCUAUAUCUUUGCACUACUUUGAGCCUUGUGUUGACAAAACAACUAUUUUUGUAAAGUUAGAAGAUGCAUAUCUUGAAGUAGGACCUGAGACACUGUUGGAAGUAUUUUCUUACAUUCAAUUAGUUUCUUUCUGCUUCUUUGCCUCAUAAGUCUUUUUCAAAUUCACUGUCUUCCCCCACGAGAAAAAAAAAAAUCUGAUAAAGAAAAAACCGAACAUCACAACUUUCUUGGGAUCUCACUGUGCUUAAGCAAACUGCUAAUUCAACUGUCGCAGCUAUAUGAAAGUAUAGAUUUUGUUUUUACUCUGUAUGCAUGAAUGUAUAUUUUUAUACAGUUUGAAAUAUUUUCAUUGUAAUUUAAUACUGGUUUGUGUAUUCUUGGAGCAUUUAAGAAGUUGUCCGAGAUCAUACCCUCCAAUAAUAAUACUCAUGGAAAGUGAUUGCUGGGUUGUUGGUGCACUGUUGAAUUAAUGUUGAUUUCAGUGUGCUCAAACAAAUAAAAUGUUAAAUCUUGUU